AUGGCUCGCUGGCAACGCACCAGACUUCCCUCCGACAAAAACACUUAUAAUAAUCUCACUUCACUCCUUAAACGUCACCAAUUUAGGAGUGACUCCUUCAAUGAAUGGAUUUUGUCACUCACUACAAAAGACGGUUCUCUAUGGAAAGCAACCCGAAAAUGUCUUAAACAAAAGCCUUUACAAGGACCACUUAAAAAUAACCAUGUUAAUUGGUGCAAAUCCGAAAAAGAGUAAACAGAAACUUUUCGUUCUCAUCUCUCGGAAGUCUUCCAACCUCACCAAAAUAUCGGAAAUCACGCCUUCACAAAAUAUAUUGAAAACUCACUUAUUUCUCCUCUUUCACUAUACCUUGCCCCAAAACCGUUUUCUCCAGGUGAGAUACUACACCUUAUAAAAUCUUUUCCUCUCAAAAAAUCACCAGGAAUAGACUUAAUCACUACAAAAGUGGCUAGACAAUUAUCUAAAAAACCCCUAAUUCAACUAACCCACAUUUUAGUCUAUUCUCAGACUCUCUUACUUUCCUCUCCUAUGGAAUGUAUCAGUCAUAAUAUUAAUUCCGAAACCAGGUAAACUUCCGGAUAUUCCUUCAUCAUAUCUAUCAGUCUCCUGCCGUUUUUUGCUAAACUUAACGAAAAAUUAAUUCUUAAACAUGUAUUUAAAAUCAUUAAUGAAAAAAAAAAAAAAAUAAUACCUGAUACUCAAUUCGGAUUUCCCAAGUUUAUAAUAUACAUUCUAUGUUUAUUAUAUUGAUAAUAUUUGUAUAUACUUUGAAAAGGAAUAUGUUUUCACAUGUGUUUCAUUAGGAGAACACUCUAGAAUAUGUCAAUAUCAUUUUAAAAAUGAAGACAUUUUAAAUACAUGGGUAUCUGAACAAGGAAUCAAUAAAUAUAUAGUAAUUAUUUAUUAGAUUAUGAUUUUGUGUAAUAAUUAAAGGAUGCCCUAGAAACAUGGCCACUUAGGAAAGCAGAAGAAACUAGACUAAAGUCUUUGAAAGGAGAAACUUACGGAAAAUCUAUGACCCAUGCGUCGACAUUCACACAAGAUAAUGCAAUUAAUGACAUAAUAAAGAACUUGAAGAACUGUUUCAAAGACCAAAUAUCGCAAAAGAAAUUAAAAAAGGAAGUUAAUAUGGGCAUGGCAUGCGUGUUGUAG